AAUCGAAUAUAUAAGUCGCUUGCUAUUACCUCGUGCAACCGGCCAUAUUGCUUUGAAUGAUUGAGUGAAUAAGAGAAGGCUAAAGUAGCCAUAAAUAAAUCUUCCAACAUCUUUGAGUUGUGAAGACUUUUCCUAUAUUUAACCAUCAUGGAGAAUUCGUACGGAAUUGGUGUCGCCAAUAGGUACGCGCUUUUUUUGGACGACGAAUCCGAUCCCUUGGAAACGCUUUCAUUGAAAGAACAAGAGAAGGAAUUGAAAAAAAAGAGUAAGAUUGCCGAGAAGGAGAAUAAAGUGAAAAUUCCGACUGCACCCAAAGGGAAAACAACCCCUCCUCAGAAAAAACAAGGGAAAGAUAUAAAUAAGAAUUUAGAACCCAAACGUGAUGAAACAAAGCCUACUCAAAGGAAUAUUGGGGAUGGAAAAACCGAUAAGGAACGAAAUAAUUUCAAUAAAUUUAAUAAUGAAAACCGGGAAGAAAGAAAUAACAGACGAAAUCGCGAAGAUAGAACUUACAAUGGACCUUCAGAAAACAAGGACCGUGAUGACAGGACUAGGAAAGAUCCGGCAACUGGAGGAGACAACUUCGAAAAUCGCAACCGUGACCGAGGAGAUCGACGUGAAUCGCGCGCUAUAGGAAAUAAACCAGGUGGUACACGUGGUCCAAAAAGAAAUACUGAUGUAGAAAGAAGAGGCAAAAGAGAAUUUGACAGGCAAAGUGGAUCGGAUAAGACCCAUGGUUACAGAGGAGUUAAGCCGGUAGACAAGCGUGACGGAGCUGGAGCUCACAAUUGGGGAUCUCAUAAGGAUGUUAUUGAGGAAGAAUCUAGGCCCACUAAUGACGCUAAUGAAAGCUGGGGAGACGAAGUAAAAGUAGAUCCUGUGGAAACUGAAAAGAAAGAGGAAGUCGAAGUGGAACCAACUCCAGUAGAAGAGGAACCUAAAGAAUUAACACUAGACGAAUGGAAAGCUCAACGUGCAGGUCGUGUUAAGCCUCAAUUCAAUAUUAGGAAAGCUGGAGAAGGAGAAGACCCAAGUCAAUGGAAAAAGAUGUUUGAACUUAGGAAAAAAGAAAAAGAUGAGGAAACUGACGACGAGGAAUAUGAUGCUUCUGAAUAUCCACAACGUGUUGGGCGACAAAAACAUUUAUUGGAAAUUGACAUUCAGUUUAAUGACAGUGUACGCAGAGGAGGAGGACGCGGAAGAGGACAAAGAUCUGGAGGUCCAAGAGGUGGAAAUAGAGGUGGCAAUAGAGGUGGAAGAGAUGGUAGGGAUGGAAGAGAUGGCAGAGAUGGUAGAGAAGGAAAAGAAGGAGGCGAACGGCCAGAGAGACGUUACCAUAAUGAUGUUCAGGAUGACAGGAACGAGGCUCGUCAAGCCCCAAAAGUUGACGAUGAACGUGACUUCCCCUCUCUCGGUUAAAUGUCGGCCCAAAAAGAGUCGACCAAUAGUUGUUAUCAGCUAUCUAGUGAUUUACUAUGGGACGACUAUCAUCACAAUAAACAAACUGUAUAUUACAAUUUAACUACUUUGUUAUGUCGGUACGAAAUCUGUAUCGUAGACAAGACAGGUUUUAGAGUUUUCUUAGUAAUUUUUCAAAUAAUCUAAUGGAGUUUCUUUAAAAAAUAUAAUACUUUGUAUCAAUUCAACUUGGCGACUGCCGAAAGUCUGAGAUUUUUGGGAGACAGCCUCACACGAGCGGCAGGCGGCGCUUCAAUUGUGGUAUUUUUUAAAGAAGCACCCAGUUUUUCAGUGUAGACUGGAACACCCUGUCGGGUGGUGAUUACUAGUCAGUGUUACACUGCAUUGUUAACGGUUUCAUUUUGUGGCUGCUGCUCAUGUUAGUGUCAACAUUUCUUUCAGACGCGUCGAAUUCUUACAUACAGGAUGUGUCACUUCAAAAGAUAUUUUUGAAACAAUUUUUUUAAAAUGUUUAGGGUUUUAGGAAGAUCAGUUUAUAAUGGGAGGUUAUUGUGAUACACCCUGUAUGGUUUACAUAUAUUGCAUUUUUUAUGAAGAUUGUUUCAAUUAGCUCAUACGCGAUUUUAUUUAUGGAGAAUAUAAACAAAUAGUACAUUGUCUCGAUUUAAGAUUCUUUUCUCUAUUGCUUAUCCGCUUAAUAAGGAUUAUUUAUACAGAUUGUAGCAUCAUCUAAUUGAUAUAUUUUAAAUUGGAAGCCAAUGCUGCUGUCUUGGUUAAAUGCGACGAAGAUUUUGAUAUUUGAGGUGAAAAUAAUGGUAGUGUCUUUUUUUCCAAUAGUAUGAUAAAUAUUAACAUGAUUUACAGACUUGUUAAGUAAAGUCGAUUUACAUAAUAUAUAUAAUAUAAACGUUUUCGUAGCGGGAAUGUGGCAAAAUUAAACAUAAAGUGUACUAACUCUAAUAUAUUCGAGCUUUCGAAUACUUGUUUAUUCAUCAUAUGGGAAUCAAUUAGUUAAGAAUUGUAUUAUUUAGAAAAAACAUUAGAUUCAUCAACUUCCAAAUUCAAUUUUCAAAUUGACGCUUGAUAGGAGUCAAUUAGAAUCAAUAAGCUUAAUGUUUCGAUCAAGUGUCAAUUUGAAAAUUGAAUUUUGAAGGCAAUGAAUCUAAUGUUUUUAUAAAAAACUACAAUUCUUAACUGAUCGAUUCCCAUAUGAUGAAUAAAUAAGUAUUCGAAAGCUCAGAAUAUAUUAGUUAGUACACUUUAGUGUCUAAUUUUGCCACAUUCCCAUUAUGAAAAUGCUAAUUUUUUUGUAGAUGUUUACAAAAUCCUUCAUAUUAUGUAAAUAUUUAUAUAUAUUUUUCAUAGAUUGUAUGUAAUAUAGGGAACUAAUAGUUGCUACCAAAAAUUUGAACUUAUUAGUUUAAUAUUUGUAUGAUUUUGUAACUUUAAAUGUGAAAAUGCAAGCCUUCGUCCAUUUAUGAAUUUUCCUUUAUGAAUAAAACCAUAAAAAUACAUUUGGAACAUACUUACUUUGUAUCAUAUUUUUUUACUAUUUGACUGAUUAAUCAAAAAUUUUCGAGUACACAAGUAAACUAAUCAGAAUUUAUUCAAUUGUGUAAUUUGUAUUUUCAUUUACUUUAUAGUGACUGUUAUAUUGAAAAACAACAUUUUCGAGUAGUUAAACGUGUAUGAUACACAAGUUUCUUCAAUAAAAUGUUUUGUUGUAACAAAUA